AAUCGUCCAGGUUCUCGUGGGAGGUAGACCAGCAGGCCGCUGCCCAGGUCACGGGAAGCAGGUAGAAGAUUUGGGGGUAUCGAUGGAGACCAGUGAGCAGGAAUCGGAGCGAGGGGCCUCUGGGAAUCACAAGCGAGCCGGGCUGCCCAAAGGCAGCCAAGGGGAUCUUUCAAGAAAGGAGGCCGUUCUCGGCCAGGGUGCUGAAGACCCGGUUGGGCGAGAACUUCCCACUGCAGCAAGAAGGCAUGCGCUCGCUUGGUGUGCGGAAAGGCCCAGCUGGAAGCAGAGCGUUGAUUCGCUCUGUGGGAGCCACGCAGGGGAAAAUGUAUCUGGCGAGUGUGGAAAGAGCGACCGCAUCACCCCCUCCAAACAAGAAAGAAGCAACGUGAGGAGCCUCAGUGGCUGCUCUGCAGAGGUGGCGGCCUCCAGCCACGCAGCGAGCCUGAAGGCCCCUCAAAGCGCCGAUGCACCGGAAAGGGGACGCGCUGGCGAGGAGGAGAGCUUUUGGCAGGCAUUGCACUUCAUUGGUGGUCAAAGAGUCCCUCCAGGGGGAAAAAUACUUAAAUCCGCAGAGCAUGGAAAGGGUUUCCAUGAUAAGGGCUCUGAUCUUAUUAUCCUCCAUAAGCAGUCACGCCACUCGGCAGACAGGCCGUAUAAAUGCUUGGAGUGUGGAAAAUGCUUCAUUAAAAGUGCCAGCCUCACUUCCCAUCAAAGAACGCACACGGGAGAAAAACCGUUCCAGUGCUCUGAGUGUGGAAAGCGCUUCAGCCAGCAGUCGAACCUCACUUCGCAUCAGAGAACCCACAGUGGUGAGAAGCCCUACGCAUGCCUGGAAUGCGGGAAGAGCUUCAGGUGGAACACGCACCUCCGUUCUCAUAAAAAGGCCCACGCGGGAGAAAAACUGUUUCAAUGCUUGGCAUGCGGAAAGCGCUUUGGCCAGAGAAUCCGUCUUACUAAGCAUCAAGGACUCCACACGGGCGAAAAGCCAUUUAAAUGUCUGGAAUGCGGCAAAAGCUUCAGUCAGAGCUCAAGCCUCAUGUCGCAUCAUAUAAUCCAUACGGGGGAAAAACCGUUUUCAUGCGUAGAAUGUGGAAAGGGCUUCACGCAGAGGAUCCACCUGACCAUACAUCAGAUCACCCACACGGGGGAAAAGCCGUACACGUGCCUGGAAUGCGGAAAGAGGUUCAGUCAGCGCUCCAACCUCACCACACACCAACGGAUCCACACCGGGGAGAAGCCACACACUUGCUUGGAAUGUGGAAAGCGGUUUAGUGAGCGCUCGAGCCUCACUUUCCAUGAGAGGUUCCACACGGGGGAGAAACCUUACGAGUGCCCAGACUGUGGCAAGCGCUUCAGUCGCAGUACGUGCUUAACCUCACAUCAGAGAAUCCACACCGGGGAAAAGCCGUAUAAAUGCCGGGAGUGCGGAAAGAGCUUCAGUUGGAGCUCGAGUCUUACGAAACACGAGGGGCUCCACACGGGGGAAAAACUGUAUAAAUGCCUGGAGUGCGGGAAGAGCUUCGUUAACAGCGGACAUCUCACGAGGCAUCAGAUCAUCCACACGGGAGAAAAACCGUACACGUGCCUGCAGUGCGGGAAGCGCUUCAGCCAGAGCUCGAGCCUGACUUCACACCAGAGGAUCCACACGGGGGAAAAGCCAUUCCAGUGCCUGCAGUGUGGGAAGCGCUUCAGCCAGCGUUCAAACCUUACGAGACAUCAAGGGGUUCACAUAGGGGGAAGCCACGUAACUGCUUGGAAUCUGGGAGCGGCAUCAUUCACAGAGACACACUAAUAGGGAUCCAAUAAUCCAUGCAGGAGAGAAACCUUACAGUGCGGGAAGAACCUCAGUCAGAAUAUCUACUCAGUUCUUAAGACGGAAUUUGAGUAAGCCCCGAAAAGCUCACCGAGCAGCAGGGCUCCACCAGUAGCAAAAGAGAGUCGUAAAUAAUUCGGUGUGGUCGGUAUGGGGGAAGGCGGCCCUUGAUGGCCAGGGGGGCAAACCUCGCUUACAGAGCAAUCCUGAGCUUGCAGGUCCCGCCGUGUUCAGCAGGGUCUGUUCCCACGUAACUGUGCAUCCCCCGCAGCCUUAAUCUGCAGCAGCGAAACCAACAAGCAGGCAGCCUGUCUGGAGAUAGUGACAGCUGACCGGGGAAGUUUUCAAAGCCAGGGAGAAAACCCGCCAGGUCCAGAGUAAAUUUCCAGACAGAUGCCGGCUGUGUUGUCUUGUUCUUGUCUCUUCCUAGACUCCGUUUGGAGAUGGGUUGAAAACGAAGGACUUCUGGAGCCCUGUAGGUUUUCUGGGAACUUACCUUGGCAUAACUCCUUGCCUCGGGCAGUGACAGAAAUGCCUACAGAAUUUGACCUGUGGGAAUGCAUGUGUUUGCUUACUUCUCGGCUCUUUUAGAGAUAUUUUCUUGUUUGUAUCUACACAUUCUGUUAACACUUAGUACUUUUUAA